CUUCACUCUCCAGUCUAUCCAGUAUCCACGCAAGCCGCCAGGAAGGAGUCGCUGGCUGGUUCACAGCUCACUGCCGUGGUGUCACCCGUGGCCGUCUGGAGCAUCCGGCUUCCGAGUUCCGGCCAUCAGCGAUUCAGCAAAGCAGGCGUGCAACUGUGCUGAUGUGGUGCGUACACUACUACACUAGCUCUUGCUCUUCCCUGAUUCCGUCCAAUAAUCCAAUGUGCCAGCACGCUGUGGUGCCGUACUGCUGUAGCCCGUAGCACCUGGCCGGAUCCGUCCAAUACUCCAGCACUGCCAUCCAACUAUCCAAUACUCCAGCACCUGGCCAUGGUGUCGUACUGCCAGCACGCCGUGCUCUUCCGUGAUUCCGUCCAAUACUCCACUUUCCAGAGUUUGUUAUUUCCUCAACUAAUCAAGGUAAGUUGCACGGUGAAAUAUUUGCUCUAAAUAAAUAAAAGAAUACUCCAGCAUCUGGACUAGCUCUUGCCUGAAUACUCCAGCAUAUGAGGUGUGCAGCACACAUUGUUAAUCUCAUCGUGCAUGAUGGACUAAAAGAAGUAGACCUCUUUGUGAAGCGUAUUAGAGCUGUUGUGAGAUAUAUUAGAAAUGGUGGUUCAAGGAUUGUCAAAUUUAAAGAGCUUAUAGAGGAAGAGAAGUUGACCAACAAGCAAUUUUUGAAGAUUGAUGUACCAACAAGAUGGAACUCCACAUUUCUCAUGCUAAAAGCUGCUCUUGUUUACGAGAAGGUGUUCACAAGGCUAGCUGAUGAAGAUAUGAGUUAUGUGAAUGACCUAUCUGAAGAAAAGGAUGGUUAUGGUCACCCAGAGGAACAUGACUGGCAAAAUGCAAAGAACAUGGCUGAUUUUCUAGAACACUUCCAUGACCUUACUGUUCGUGUUUCAGCCACAAACCAUAUAACUUCUCAUACUUUGUUUCAUGAGAUUGGAGAAGUUCAUUUGUUGGUUCAAUCAUGGCUAAAUAGUGAGGAUGUUUUCCAAGCAUCAAUGGUCAAAAGAAUGAAGGAGAAAUUUGAUAAAUACUGGGGACUUUGGCACACAAGCAAAAACAUCGAUGGGAAUGCCAAUGAUAAGGAGAAAGGGAGAGGAAAGGGAAAGGAGAAGGAAAACAUGAAUUUACUCAUCUUUGUUGCUGGUUGUCUUGAUCCAAGAUACAAGUUAUCUAUGUACACAAAGAUAACUGUUGAAGAGAUAUUUGGUGAGGAAAGGGGGCAAGUAGUUUGGGAAGCUAUUAAUAAUUGUGUUCAUGACCUUUUUGAAGAAUACAGGAAAUUAUAUUCUUCAAGUGAAGAGACAACUGAUGUAAGUGAUUCAAUUGCAUCAAAGGGAGGUAGAGGAGGGAAACUGAAAGAAGUAAUUGCUAAAAGGAUGAAGCUAGGAACUGGUUCUAAUAGCAAUAACAAGUCUGAACUUGAUAAAUAUCUUGCUGAAGAAACUGAAGACACAGAAAUGAAGCUUGACCUUCUAGUGUGGUGGAAGGCAUCUGAGCAAAGGUUUCCGAUUCUAUCUCGCUUAGCUCGUGAUGUGCUUGCUAUACCAAUCUCAAGUGUAGCUUCAGAGUCAGCUUUUAGCACAGGUGGACGCAUUUUAGAUGACUUUCGCAGCUCUCUUACUCCAUUCAUGCUAGAAGCUCUAGUCUGUACACAGGAUUGGCUAAGAUGGACAAUACCAGUUGACAUUACAGAGAAUAUUGAAGAACUAACCAAGUUGGAAGAAGAAUUGUUUGAAGAAUUUGGGAAGGCGAAACAAGCUGCUAGUUCAAAGACAAAUGUAACAAUCAAGAUCGGAAGCAACUCUAUUGAUCUUGGAACAUCUACAAUUUAAUAAAAAAAUGUAGAUUGUGACUUCGUUUGUGUCUGGCUCACUUGUUAUGUUUGUGUCUGACUCAAGUGGUUUAAGACUUUAAAUAUGGUACUAUUUUAUAAUGUGUUGUACGCUUCUGCUAGUGUAUUGUGCCUGUGCACCUGUUUUACAUUGUGACAUUGUCUGGUUCAAGUCUAUGGCAGUGACCAGUGAGCAGCAAGUCUACUGGUUCUUUUGUCAAAAUAUAUGUGAAAAUAGUAACGCUAUAAUGUUGUUUGAUUCCUGGUAUUUUUUAAAAAAAUACAUGUGCAAAUAUUUGAUG